AUAUAAUCACACUGAACACCAUUAAUCGUAGUCGAUUGCACAUUGUGUGCAAGCUGAUGCAGCGAAUUAUCACAUGUAUCUGUAGCUAAACUUGAUUAUAACAUCAUCGAACGUGCAUAUUGGCACAUUUAUUAUCAACUCCUGCUUAAACGUGCGACUAAUCACACGUAUUUCUCUCAACAGUCUAACAAUCGAACUAACAACAUUUUUGAUUAAUCACAUACAUUUCUCUCAUCAGAUAAUCACAAUUGGGCCAACAAUUUUUAGCUCAUUCUUAUAAAUACCAUUAGCAACAUCGACGAUACUGCAAUGUGAGAAAGAAAAACUUUCGCGAAAAUCGAAUUUGUGAAUCUUAAAAUACUCGAAGAAUAGCAGGAUGAAGACUUCCAUACUCGUCAUAUACAUACUGGCCAUUACCACUAUCGUCUAUACUGCCAACGUUCAAAAAGUACAGAUAUUCUAUUCGGAGAUGACAAACUGCGCUAACCAAUUACAUUUGCCCAAUCAACCUAGUCCUAAUGUGCUUGAAUGUGUAUUGCGUCGAAACGGUUUGAUAAACGAGCUGGGUAUGCUAAAUAAGUAUGGGACUUUAAGGCAUUUAGGGGAUUUCAUCUCCGAUCCAAAUAAAUUGAGACAAGCGCAAAACCAAUUUGAAUCUUGUUUCAAUCGAAAUGUACCUGGAAGAAACAACCAUGAGAAUACAAUGAGAAUCAUAGAAUGCGCAGCACCAAUGGUAGCGCUUAUUGGCUAACUGUCAUAGAAAAAAAACUAUAUCAAUAUAAUUAUAUAAAAAUAUUAAAUAUUUAUAAAAAUAGUAAUUAUGUAGAAAUGUCGUAUUUCAAAUAAAAUUUUCAUUUUGUUGCUUA